AAUAGGGAAAGAAUAUUAUCAUGUAGAUUAGAGAAAAAAAGAGACAUAUGAAGUUCUAACGGAAACGUCUUAUAUAGCCCCUUUCCACAAGGUUGAUAAUCUUCUUAUGAAGUUAACUGAGUGCGACAGUCACGUGACUCUCCAUAAAGUCUAAAAUGGCUGCGAAAUUUUGUGCCAAUAUCACGAAAAUUGCCACACUUUGGACUGAAAUUCGACUAUAUAAAAAACCCCCACCCAUCAAUUUAUUAAAGGGGUGUAAUGGUUCUUGUAACUAAAUCUAUCAUGACUGAAAGACCAAACUUCUUAAUUAUAGUGGCCGAUGAUUUGGGAUUCACUGAUUUGUCAGCAUUUGGAGGAGAAAUCCAUACACCAAAUCUUCAAAAACUUGCUGAGAAUGGAGUUAGAUUUACAGAUUUCCAUACAGCUCUGGCAUGUUCACCAACAAGAUCCAUGUUACUCUCAGGAACCGAUAAUCAUAUUGCAGGAUUGGGGCAAAUGGCCGAAUUUAUGUAUCGUAAACCGGAGAUUUUCCAUGGACAAUCAGGCUAUGAAGGGUACUUAAAUGAUCGGGUUGCUGCUCUCCCGGAAUUAUUACAAGAUGAAGGAUAUUUCACCUUUAUUUCAGGGAAAUGGCAUUUAGGAUUAUUACCAGAAUAUUGGCCUGUAAAGCGUGGGUUUGAGAAAUCAUUUACCUUGUUACCUGGAGCAGGAAAUCAUUUCAAAUAUAAUGCCAAGGAUGAGAAUGGACAACCAUUAAAAUUUAUCCCACCAAUGUUUGCUGAAGGAGAUCGUAAAGUUGAUCAUGAAAAGGAAUUACCAGAAGAUUUCUAUUCAACCAAUUUUUAUACUGACAAAGGGUUGGAAUUUUUAGAUUAUGAUGAUGAUAGACCAUUUUUCGGAUGUUUGACCUACACUGCCCCACAUUGGCCAUAUCAAGCCCCCCGUGAAGUGAUAGACAAGUACAAGGGGAAGUACGAUGACGGUCCUGAGGAGUCGAGAAGAAGAAGAUUGAAGCAGGCACUCAAGGCAGGGAUCAUCCCAGAUGGAGUUGAACCUCACAAGAUGACUAGUCAUAAAGAUAAACGUUGGAAAGAUUUAACCAUACAUGAACAACAAAUUGAACUGAGAAUCAUGGAAACUUAUGCUGCCAUGGUGGAGAUUUUGGAUACAAAUGUGGGGAGAGUUAUUGAUAAAUUGAAAUCAAAGGGGAAAUUGGACAAUACUUUCAUUCUAUUUAUGUCGGAUAAUGGAGCUGAAGGGAUGCUUAUGGAAGCCAUGCCAUUGAGAGUAGUGAGUAUUAGAGAAACAGUUCUCAAGUAUUAUAACAAUUCCUUAGAAAACAUUGGAAAUGAAGAUUCAUGGGUUUAUUAUGGAGAUCAAUGGGCACAAGCAGCUACCGCUCCGUCGUACAUGUAUAAGAUGUGGGCAUCUGAAGGAGGUAUUCGAUGUCCAUUAAUUAUUCAUUAUCCCAAGUUACAUGAGAAUGCCAUUGAUAAAGUUGCAGCAGGUUCCAUUUCAAGAGAAUUCACUACAGUUAUGGAUAUCUUACCAACAGUUCUUGAAUUAGCAGGAGUUAAACAUCCAGGAAAUUUUUAUAAAGGUAGGGAAGUUGCAGAACCCCGUGGGAAGUCAUGGGUCACACAUUUGUCUCACUCUACACCAGUACAUCUGGAGGAUACUGUCACAGGAUGGGAACUUUUCGGUCAACAAGCUAUCCGUAAGGGUCCAUACAAGGCGUUAUACAUUCCUAUCCCAUACGGACCAGGUGAAUGGCAACUAUUCAAUAUUAGGAAAGACCCUGGAGAAACAAAAGACUUGGCUGCGUUGCACCCAGGAAUAUUGAAAGAGAUGCUUGACCAUUGGGCUGAAUAUGUGUCCGAGACCGGACUUAUCGAAUUAGGAUCGGAAUUUUUAGACGUUGGUGAAGAUGGGAUAAACUACAUCACUUGUGAAUCGGAUCUGGAACCCGAGCCCGAACCCCAGAAGGAAGUUGGACAAUGAUGAGGGGUUUGUACUUUUUAGUAAUCGUUAUGUAACAGCAUAACCAGGAAGGUAUGACCAAGCCACACCCUUAAGGCGGCAGGUACCUUCAUAACUGAAUACAUACCUUACGUAUACGCUCUUUUUAUUUUCUAUGUCAAAGUCACAUAUGACAGGUUUCAUUAACUUUUGUGCUUCGCCCGGGAGGGCCUGGCCUAUACACCGAGGUUCUCAUUGUAAGUUGAUAGUAGUACACAUUCUCACGGCUAAACAUUUUCCCGUCUGGCAUUUCCUGCGUCAUGCAGAUUCCCUGUAUUGUUUUAAUUUUCAUGUCUGAUUUUUAAGAUAUAUGUACAUGGUAAGUUUAAGCCUCUACUGCACUUCCUAGUGCAGGUAACUCUACAUUCCUGAUAGUGGGAUAUGCAAGAUGCUGUGAGAUGCGUAGGCCCUUGAGAUGAGGUGGUAUUUUUGCGUUUUACAACAUUUCUAUUGUGUUUUUUUUGUUUUUUU